AGUUUAAAAUUGAAAAAAUACUUUCCUAACCCAAAGCUGUUAUUUGCUGUUAAAUACCUGGAGUUGGUGGUUUUGGUUUCUUCAUUUCACUACCCCUAGUACUGAAUGUCUCUGGUCGGGAUUCGGGGGGUUCUCUGCUGUUGGUAAUGCAGGAGCAUUGCAAGCAACUGGAUGGAUUGUCUGUGUCUUAGUAUAACACAUUACAUCAAUUGAGGAUGAAAUGAAAGAAGCCAAAGAAGCCAGUGUAAGAAGCCAACCAAAAACUGUACAUCCUGUCACUCUUUAAUCGAUAAAGUUGCUUUACAAGGCCUUGGCAGACAUUGAAAGAUAAGAGAUUAGCGAAGCUUGGAACAUCCUUGUUGCAAAAGAGAUCCAGUACUAAAAAUGGCGAGUAUGUUUAAAAUACAAAAGAAACAGGAGGCUGCCUAUAAAAGCACUGAAUAAAUGAGGAUCACGCCCUUAACAAGUUCAGUGUGGCACCACACUUAGCAGUGGUUUCUGUGCUCUGGGUUCAGAGACACAAGAGGGGUUUUGCAUUGUUCUGGCUGAGGGAGCCUCUGGGUGGUGACAGGUAGCCCCAGAGCAGAGAAUUUUGCUGCCAGUCUUUUACCAAACUGCAGUAUUUCACUUAAAUUACAUACCAAAUUUGUUGUUUAUUUUGGGGUUUUUUUUUUUGCUUCUUUUUUCAUUAGUUACCCCCAGUAGCCCUUGGAAUUCUAGCUGGGAUCAUCAUGAGAUGCAAAGACAAUAAAAAACAGUCUUAUAAUAUGCAUUUACAAAAGCACGAGACGAAGGGAAGGGAUCCGCUGAUGCACCCAAAGAUAAUGGAUGAUGAGAAGCAGCCCAUGCCAUGGCAUUCCUAUUUUUGCCACACGACGAGUUGCCACGUGUGUCCCACCUGCAAAGAGCGGCUGCACGCUGCCCUGGCCCCCCGCGCCGAGCCCGCCUGCCCCGGCUGUGCCGCCUGCGAGGACUGGCUGAGCGCCCAGCCCGGCACACCACACAUCUACUCGGUCCCCAGCAUUGGCAGCGAGGAGAGCCAAAGCCCAGCAGGCACGAGCUCUCCUGCCAAAGCUGCAGAUGUGCUGAGGGGUGACAGCACAGGAGAAGCUGUUCCGGCACGGAGCGAGGCAGAGCAGCCCGUGGACCACGAAAGCAACCAUCACGUCUGUCCCAUCUGUGAAAGCUGGCUGCGCGCCCACCUUGGCCAGUGCGAAAGCCGUCCUGCGGCACCCGGGGAGCGGCCGGGGGGGCCCCGCCGGCAGGACGAGGGCCCGCGGGGUCCCGUCUGCCCUCCCUGCGCCGACCGCCUGCACCUCUCCCUGGUCCACAGCGACACGGCAAGCUGCCCCGUGUGUCCCCUGGCCAGAGAGGGGACCCCGGCUCACCUCGUCCCCCGCCGCAGCCCCAGCUGCCACGUCUGCCCCGUCUGCGCGGCGCCCACCCACGCGCACCUAUGCCAGGCACCUGACGGAUAAAUGCCGACGGCUGUAGCGUCCUUAGCGGCACGAAGCUGGUUGGAGAGAAGGGAGAGUUGCUACGCUAACAACUCCUGACAUUGUCAGGGAUGAAGUUCUAAGUGCAAUAAGGCAACCUGAAGUCAAGUGUCUGACUUCACAAUCAAGAAUUUCUUUGUAAAGAAGCCGGAGAAUCAAACAUACUUCAAAUCCAGCUCCAUGUUGGUUUAAUGCCUACUUUUUUGUUUGUUUUAGUAUGAAAAAACUAUUUUUGCAGCUCUUAAAAUGAGGCUUUAAAAGUUCAGUAAACAUUUCUUUCCACUAGGAAAAUAAUUUCAUAGUAAAUGCCCUCUUUGCACAAUC